UGGUCCUCACCCAGGCAUACCCUCAGCAAAGUGGUGCUGUUGUGCCGGCUAUCUGCACUACUCAACAUGUUACAUCUGUGAUGGGAAAGUUUUUGAAAGGAGACCCGAGGGGGCUGGGGAUAGUACAAAUAAUGGUUGGGGUGAUGAACAUAGUACUGGACAGCGUCAUGGCCGUAUAUCCUGAUAGCAUCGGUGUUUUCUCUGGGAUUGGUUUCUGGGGAGGUUCUUUGUACAUUAUCUCAGGAGCUCUGAGUGUUGCCGCGAGUGACAAACUCAACAGAUGCCUGGUGAAAGGAGCGCUUGUGAUGAACAUCUUCAGUGCCAUCUCUGCUGGCAUUGCUGUCAUAAUUUUCUCUCUGGACUGUGUGAUAGACUUAAGAUUUUACUUUUGCUAUGACUAUGACUAUGACAGUGAGAGUGCCUAUUCAACCAGCACCUACAUCUGUCAGAUGCUCCGGCGUGUACUCAAGACCAGGUCAAAUGGGAUCACAGGAGUGCUGCUGUUGUUAUCCAUCCUGGAGUUCAUCAUCUCCAUCUGUGUGUCAGCAUUCGCCUGCAGAGCAGUGUGUAACUGCUCCUCAGAGCAAGUGAUAUAUAUACCCACAAGCAAUCAAUUGAGAAGUGUCGCACCAGUAAACUUCAUUCCAGCGCCAAGUACUCAGGAGAUGCCAGUUCCACAGAUCUUGGGCCAAAGUGUGAUGGGCAACAAGCCAGAAGAGAGGCCCCCUGCAUAUGCUACAGUUGGUCCAUGAAAGAGAGGUCAUAGUGGUCACACCAAUCACUGGGAAUGUUCCUACCGUAUGCAUUUAUUUUCUGGUGAUGCUAUUCUGCAGAACUUCUAUAUAAUAACAUCUGCUUUUCCAUAACCAACAAAUAUCAAUUAGUUCCAAUGUACUUAGCACCUUCUAUAACAUAUUGCAUUAUAUAUAUUUUGCCAGCAGCAUCACACGUUAUGAAAUAUCGUAUGUAUGUUAUAAAUUAUACUGUAGAAGUGGCAGAGGUGUAAAGUCCUCGGGUCAGAAAGUAAAAGUCCUUCCAUGUUUUUCUUCCACCCAUGGACUCAGCCAGCUGAUUUCACAAAUUUGUUCUACCUUAAGGUGGAAUAAUUGUGGUAAUUAGCAAAUCCAGGUGGUUGGAAUCUUCUGAACCUGAAUUUUACACUGCAGCCUCCCUACAGUUUGGAAGGAUAAAUAUGUUCUGAUUGCAUCAGGUCUGUAGCCAUGGGAUACAAAAGUAUAAAUGACAGAGUGUACCUGAAAUUAUAAUAUUUAUAUUUAAAGAUGUGCUCUUUGAAAAUGAUUCAAUAGUCUAUUUGAGAACCCAUCCAAAUGACCUUUCCAGUUUCUUUGGCCCAUGGGCAACUAAAAAACACUCUUAUUGUACAUGUCUUCAAGCCAUGAUUCGGAACAUGCAAACACUGGUAUGUAACUGUAAGUCAAUGACAUGUGAAGAGGGGACAAUUGGAAAUAAAAUCACUGUCUUAA